AUGACCGGCUUCGCCCAAUGCUCCUGGCCGAUAUGGCGGGUAGAUGAUUUCAGUCUCUGUUUUCAAGUCGACUACCUUCGUGUCAUACUUCCACUUCUCCUUGUUGCUCUGUCUGCUACGCGCAUCAUCUCUUUCAAUGUUGCUCGAAUCAUUGAGAGCCGUAGGGCGCACGGCUACGACGCUGUCGACAGCGGCGACCAUGUCAUUGAUCACACUGCGCUCCCGCCCGACCCGGACACCGAGUCCGAAGAAGAUGUAGAAAUUCACGGCGGCCGCCUCUCCAAAACUCUUUCGCGCGGCUCCGUUGUUCACGCCGAUCAACCCCACGGCCAGUUGCUCUCCAACAUUGUCGAGAUUCUCGCCGUCGUCGUCAUCAUCGCUCUCAACGUCCUUGCCCUCGUCACCGGCACCGGUUCCUACGGCCGACGCGCCCGUCUCGCUGCCACCGCCAGCUUGGUUGUCUGGCUCUAUACUCUUGCCCUCGUCUCUCUCCGUCUCUUCCUCGGGGGCUCGAAAUGGAGAGUCCCUCGCCUCUGGAAUCAUACUGCCACCAUCUACGGCAUAACUUGGGUUUGCUCCCUCGUCAUCUUCCGCUCCGCCAUCAUCAACCCGAGCUCCGAGCUCGCCGAGGGCAUCGCCAUUGCCGAGUUCGCUCUGACAACCAUUCUCUGGGGAAUGGCUUUCACCACCCGCAAGGGCAAUAAGACCGUUAUGAUGGAAUGGGAGAAUGGCCUAGAGCCUUCCCGCGAGCCCCUCGCCAGUCUCUUCUCCAUUGUCACAUUUUCUUGGGUCGACGAUAUUGUCUGGGCCGGCUGGAUAGCUCCCUUCGAGAUGAACACCGUCUGGAAUCUCUUGCCCAAGGACAAGGCCGCCAAUGUCAUUGCCAGCUACCGCUCCUUCAAGCAGACCGGCUCCCUCGUCGUUCACUUGCUCAAGUACUUCCAGGGUCCGCUCAUUGGCCAGUGUCUACUCGCCGCCCUGGCUGGUGUCUUUACCUUUGCGCCCACUAUGCUGCUCAAGUACAUUCUCGAAUACGUCGAGAACCCCGACGCCGCUCCUCGCAACGUUAUCUGGCUCUUAGUCAUUCUCCUUCCCAUCCUGGACACGAUCCGUUCCAUCAGCGACAACAUUAGUCUCUGGACAGGCCGCAAGAUCUGCAUUCGCAUGCGCGCCAUCAUCAUCGGCGACGUAUAUGCCAAGGCCCUUCGCCGCAAGGCCGCUGCCGGCCCAGAUAAGACUUUAGGAGUCUCCCCAGAAGACGACGACCCUGCCAGCAAGGGCGCUGUUUCCACCAUCAAGCGCGCACUUGGCCUCAAGGGCAAAAAACAUCCCCACGCCAAGGCGCAAGACAAGAUCGCCGCCGCCGCUGACGAGCAAGCCAACCUGGGUACCAUCAUUAACCUCAUGUCUGUCGAUAGCUAUAAAAUCUCCGAAACCACCGCGUACCUGCACUUCCUCGUUGGCGCUGCACCCGUUCAGCUCGCCGUAUCUGUUUUCCUCCUCUGGCAGGUCAUGGGCCUCAGCGCCAUUCCCGGCAUCGUCGUCAUGAUCUUCCUCGUUCCUGUCAACUAUCUCCUCGCCAAUGGCUUCAGUGUCACCUCCAAAAACAUCAUGGCCGCCACCGACAAGCGAAUUCAUAUUACCAACGAAGUUUUGCAGAACAUUCGCAUCAUCAAGUACUUUGCCUGGGAGAAGCGCUUUGGCACCAUCAUCGACGAGAAGCGUGAAAAUGAACUGAAGGCGAUGCGCUCCCGCUAUAUACUCUGGUCAGUUGCCGUGGCCAUAUGGAACUCGGUCCCCGUUCUCAUCACCUUCUUCUCGUUUGUCGUCUUUACGCUCGUCGAGAAAAGGCCUCUCUACCCAUCUGUCGCCUUUACUGCCAUUUCACUCUUUAUGCUUUUGCGUAUCCCCUUGGAUAUGCUCGGUGACAUGUUUGCGCACGUCCAGGAAGCCAAGGUCUCGGUCGAGCGUGUCGAGGAAUUUUUGCAAGAGGGGGAGACUGAAAAGUACGAACAGCUUGGCUCUGACAACAUCGACGAAGACGGCGUUAAGCGCAUCGGCUUCCGUGCUACAACGCUCUCCUGGAGCAGCAGAAACAGCAAGACUGACGAUGGCCCCAGCGCUUUCCGCCUGUGGGAUCUUAACAUUGACUUUCUCAUUGGCAAGCUCAACAUCAUUGCCGGCCCGACCGGCUCUGGCAAAACGUCGCUGUUGAUGGGUCUUCUGGGCGAAAUGUCUCUGUACUCUGGCAAGGUAUUUUGCCCUGGUGGCCGCAGCCGCGACGAUGUCCGGCCCGAUCCCGAAACUGGCCUCGCCGAGACUAUCGCCUACGUUGCCCAGGCUGCUUGGCUGCUAAAUGGCAGCAUCAGAACCAACAUUCUCUUCGGCGCCCCUUACAAUGAGAAGCGAUACAACGACGUCAUUGUCGCCUGCGCACUUGAACGUGAUUUGGACAUUCUCGACCAUGGCGACGAGACUCUCGUUGGUGAAAAGGGUAUCACUCUUUCUGGGGGUCAAAAGCAACGCAUCUCCCUCGCCCGUGCCGUUUACUCCGACUCCGCCCACAUUCUCAUGGACGACUGCCUUUCCGCUGUUGACUCCCACACGGCUCACUGGAUCUUCCACCGCUGUAUUAGAGGCCCUCUCAUGGAGACCCGAACCUGUAUUCUCGUCACCCACAACGUUCAGCUCUGCGCACCCCAGUCUGACUUUGUAGUCGUGCUUGAAAAUGGUCGCGUGAGCGCCCAGGGCGCAUCUACCGAACUGAUUGCCGCUGGCAAGCUGGGCGAGGAUCUCCAGAGAUCCCGCCCUAGCUCCGCCCUACCGUCUCGUGCUCCCUCCCGCGCCUCCAGCUUCGGCGAAACCACCGUCGUGGAAAGCUCUCAUGGUGCGCCGCACAAGCCAAAAGUCAAGAAGACUGUGGCACCCCAGGUGGAUCCCAUGGACGAGGGCAAGGCUACUGGUGCCAUCAAGUGGCCCGUGGUGAAGCUUUACCUCUUUUCCAUGGGCUCCUAUUGGUUCUGGAUCAUUGCUCUCAUUGUCUUUCAGCUGCAGCAACUCGCGCCUGUCGCUACCAAUAUCUGGGUACGAGCCUGGGCCAACCAAUACGUCGCAGAAGACGUCCGCGGUGUUGCUUUUAGCUCGGCCAGUGCAUCGUACAACAACCAAUUUCACCCCAAGGCAGCCUGGGCCACCAUCGCCAAGUUGAGCAAUCUGCAGGUCGACCAGUCGCCUGCUUACGCGGGCGCCUACACAGUCACUACCCAGACGCCAAUCGAUCGUGCUCGGCCCGCGCAUGAUGUCGAUGCAGUUUACUACGUUUUUGGUCUUGCUUUUAUCGGUGCUCUUGGUGCUUUCACUGCCUUUGUCCGCGACAUUUGGAUCUUCUUUGGUUCUCUGACUGCGUCUCGUCGUCUGCACAAUGCGCUGCUCAGUUCCGUCAUGCGAGCCCGCUUCAAGUUUUUUGACGUCACACCCCUCGGUCAGAUCGUCAACCGCUUCAGCAAGGAUCUCGAAGCCGUCGACCAGGACAUUGCCCCCACGGCUAUUGGCGUGCUAGCCUGCGCUCUUUCUCUCAUCGUGACUGUCGUUCUCAUCGCUGCCAUUACGCCUGGCUUCUUGAUUGCCGCUGUUUUCAUCGCUAUUCUCUUUUACGGUGUCUCCGUCUUUUAUCUCCGUGCCUCUCGCGACCUGAAGCGUCUGGAGUCCGUGCAGCGCAGCCCACUCUUCCAGCAGUUUGGCGAGACGCUCAGUGGCAUGACGACCAUCCGAGCUUAUGGUGUCGAGCGCCGCUUCAUCCGCGAGAACCUCGACAAGGUCAACACCGCGAACCGGCCUUUCAUCUAUCUCUGGGCCCUCAAUAGAUGGCUUGCGUUUCGUGCCGACUUUAUCGGCAAUAGCGUCUCCUUCUUUGCUGGUGUUUUCAUCAUUCUCAGCAUCGGAAAGAUUGAUGCCGGCUCCGCGGGUAUCUCGCUCAGCUACGCUAUGAGCUUUACUGACAAUGUCCUGUGGCUGGUUCGACAGUACGGCACCAACGAGCAGAACAUGAACUCCAUGGAGCGCAUCAAAGAAUACCUGGAUGUUGAGCAGGAGGCAGACGCCAUUGUUGAGGAUAACCGACCAGCUGAGUCGUGGCCGGAGAAGGGUAGUGUGGAAUUUGUCAAUUACAGUACCCGGUAUCGAGCUGACCUGGAACCCGUGCUCCGCGGCAUUUCGCUCAAGAUCAACGCCAAGGAAAAAGUGGGUAUUGUUGGUCGUACUGGUGCAGGCAAGAGUUCUCUCACGCUGGCGCUGUUCCGUGCUCUCGAAGCAGACAAGGGCGAGAUUCUCGUGGACGGCGUCAACAUUGGAGCCAUUGGCCUCCAGGACCUGCGCGAAAAGAUUACUAUCGUGCCCCAGGACCCAACCCUGUUCACUGGCACUCUGCGAUCCAAUCUAGAUCCGUUUGAUCAGUACACAGACGGCCAAGUCUUCGAGGCUCUACGUCGCGUGCAUCUGAUUGGUGAGGAGGAUACUAGCACACCUACGACGCCAGUGUCUACCCUCACCAGCAACAAGAAUAUUUUCCGAGAUCUUUCCUCGCCAGUCGCCGAAUCCGGAUCCAACUUGUCCCAGGGCCAGCGACAACUUCUGUGCCUCGCCCGCGCGAUGCUCAAGAAGCCCAAGGUCCUCGUCAUGGAUGAGGCCACAGCAUCGAUUGACUACAACACCGACUCCAAGAUUCAAGAGACGAUUCGCGAGAUGCGCGGCACCGUCGUCACGAUUGCGCACCGCCUGCAGACCAUUGUCGACUAUGACAAAGUGCUCGUUCUGGACAAGGGCGAAAUGGUCGAGUACGCGCACCCAUGGGAGCUGAUCAGCGACGAGAAGACGCAGUUUUACAGCAUGUGCGAGUCGAGCGGCGACCUGGACAUUCUGAAAAAGGCGGCCAAAAAGAAGUGGGAUGAGGGUCGUCUUGUAGAUGUAGAGGCGAUAUAA